AUGGCGCAAUCAGCAAAUCAGUAUGACCCUAAGAAUGAAAUGCAAAGACUAUAGGCUUCUAUUGAUUAAUAGAAUAUUUAACAGUAACAGCAGAGAUCAUCUAUAAACAGUGAGCCAAAGUUUAGAUCUGACUCAUAAGGUAGAGCUUCGCUUACCUCUUCUUAGAACUUUUCUUCUCCAGGAUAAAGGGCCUAUUCAGGUUCCACUGCCUUCCAAUAUCAUCCACAGAAUCUAUCUCAAUCCCAGGCACCUCAAUCAUAAACUGGUAGACUUAUGGCUGAGUCUAUUGGUGGUCUCUUCGGCUACAACAUCGCAGAAUAGAAAUUGAGAUAGGCUGAAGAGGAUCAUAAGAGAAAUUUAAGAGAGCAAUAGGAGCGCCAAGAAUAACUGCAUCUAAUGAGACUAGAGUAGUAAAGACAACAGGCUGAAAGAGAAGAGAAAGAGAGACAAUAAAGAGAAGAAUUUGAGAGACAAGAGCGUAUGAGACUCGAUAAAGAGAAGAUAGAGCAUGAAAAGCAAGAAAGAUUUAGACUAGAGAAAGAAAAGUAGGACAAGCUUAGGUUAGAGCUGGAGAGAGCGGCCUAUGAUAGAAAGGAAAGGGAUAGAUAAAAUAAAGAGAGAUAAGAGAAAGAACUCCUUGAGAAGGCUAAACAGAAAAGAGACCAGAAUUUGAGGGAAAUGUAAGAAAAGGAUAGGCUUGAAAAAGAGAGAAAGCAAAGAGAGGAGGAAGAAGCCAGAUUUGCUCAUGAAACAGAGGUUUAGGUUCAAGCCUAAAUGCAAAAGGAGGAAAAACUUAGAAAUUUGCAAAUAAAAUUGCAGCUGCAAAGAGAACAAGUUGAGAGGGAGGAGGAGCUUUAGAAAAAGAAGGAAUAGGACAAGGCGAUAAGAGCUCAGCAACUCAAAGAAGAAUUGAUUAGAUAGAGAAUGCAUGUGGGAUCUAAUAAUGCUUCACCAUCAAGAGAAAAUGCAAGUAGCAUCGGCUAAACUAGCUAGCCGCAAUUCCGCCAAAAUCAACCCUUUACCAAUAAUCCAAGUAUGAACCAAAGUCCUAGUACAAAUUUUAAUGAGUAAUAAUACUAGUCCCCAAAGCUUAAUCAAUCAGCUUAAAGUUAGCUUUCUCAGAAUCAACCCCUCAAUCUCUAAAAUAGACAACCACAGUUGUCUUAAUCUCAGCAACUUCCAACAAGCCAGAGUUAAAUCAAAUAAACAACUAUAUAGCCACCAUAAUAAUAAUAAUAGCAGCCGCCCUAGUAAUAGUAGAAUCCUCUAUUAUCCUCAGUAAGGUCGAGCUUUCAAUUAAAUCCACUUCAAUAGCAGCAGUAACCAAACCCAAACUAAUAAUAACAAAACUAUUAAUAGCUACUUGAGAAGUAGCAAUAGAUUCAAAAUCCUCAGGCUAGUACCUCCCAAACUAAUGUAUCUUUGCAAUAGCAGCCAGUAAAAUUUCAGCAAUAAUAGCCUGUAUCUUAAUAAUAUCAAUAGCAGCAGCAACCUUAGAUUAAUUAAUAGUAAUUCACUAGUAACCUAUCCUAGCAAACACUCCCACAGCAGUAGUAAUUAUAAUCAGUGUAGCUAUAACAACCAGGGAAUUUUACAACUUAACAGCAGAGAUCAUCAAACAAUCCUUCAUUAUCUCAAUAGCCACUUGUAUAAUAGCAAAGACCCUCUUAGACCUCAAAUACCAUUAAUCAAUCUUAGUUAUUUUAGCAAUAGCCACCUGUCCAAUCUUAAAACUAAUAGCAGCAACCAAAUCAAUAAAGUAACUUAAGCCAGUCAUAGCUUUAAAAGAAUCUCUAAUCAUCAUUUAAUCUCUAGAUUUAAAAGCAAUAGCAGCUGUUAGUUUAAUAGCAAGAACAAAAAAAGCAAUAGCUAUUACAGCAGCAAUAAUAAUAAUAGUAAUAAUAGAAUUAAAACUAAGGAGCCAAUAAUCUCCAAACCUACUAAGUUAGAAAUUAGAAUAAAAAACCUCAAUCAGCAUUCCAAUAAGAGAAUUAAAUUAGAAACUCAUAAGUCUCAGCUGAGUAGUACAACACUGGUAAUCUUAAGAAUGCUCCAAUAAAUAGCUAAUCAAACUAUGAUACAUUGAUUUCUGACUCUAAAACUCAGCAUCUUAAUGGUGGAUUGUCAACACUAGAUACAAAGUAUGGUCCUGAGUUGUUAAAGCAAAAUUAUAAGUAACCCCAAUUCGGUUAGAGCAGCCUAGGAGAGGCAUAACUUAGCCAGAGUAUUUAAAAUAGAUCUCUUAAUCUAGCCGAUCUGAAACAAGAUUAGCAGUAUCAAUAGCAACCAUAAUUCAAUUACAUCUCAACACCUUCAAACCAGAACUAGCAAUUCUCUUAACAAAACUAGUCAAAUCAAUUGAAUAGCACUCCAGGCUUUGGAUAGCCAGUUACUAAUCAAUUUACUUACCCUGUUGGAGGUCAAACUUAGAAGUUCUAGUUUGAAGAUGGGGAUGCUGGAGAUGAUCUUGAUCUCUCACUGGAGGAGGAAAAGUACUAAAGAAAGUUGGCAUAUAAAAAUGGACAAUUUACUGCAAUAGAUGAAAGCACUGGAUUCAAUAAUGAGAGACAAGAGACAGAGAGAUUCGUUGAAGAUGAUGAUGAUUUCCAACUUAGAAACGAUAUUGGGGUUGCAUCGACAAUAAAGUAGCCUACUGAUGCUGAGAUCCUUGCAUCCCUAGAGAAUGAAGAUGAAUAAUGCAAAAGAAGCAGAGAGUUAAUUACUCUGAAAGAGCAAGAAUUGACCAAGGUACAAGAAGAAAUCAGAUCAUAUGAGGCUUCUGAAAGCUUCUACUGGUUCAUUAUCAGUAUCAUCCUGCUACUAUUCGCUUUGGAAUUCAUGGGAUUCCCAAUUAAUACGUAUCUCGCUAUCCCGCUGGGCGCCAUAUCGCACUUUAAGAAAUGA